GUUAUGAAAUGUAUUUUGGGACGGAGGGAGUAUCAAAAAAUAAAAUUGGGCGAGGGAAUGAUUUACGCACGAAGAAGACAAAAGGAAGAAUGUCGCCGGCGGUGACGUUAUAUGUCGGUAAUUUGGGUUCAAGCGUAACUAGUAAAGAGUUGAGUUACCACUUCCAUGAUCAUGCCCCUGAUUGUUAUGUGAAUUUUUGCGUGAUUGUUAAGGAUUCUCAAAUCGACAAGUCUCUCGGCUAUGGCUUUGUCGAAUUUGAUAAUCACAAUGAAGCUGCGGAAGCGAUGGAGCUGUUGAAUUCCACUUGGCUUAAGAACAAGCCUAUUCAUGUUCUCUUUUCGCCUUUCCAUAACGAUCUUUCACCAUCUGUUAUUUUCAUCAAAAACUUGCCCAAAUCAGUCACCCGAAAAGCCUUGUUUCAUGUACUAAAAAUUUAUGGAAAUAUCAUUUCCAUCAACUUAGCUACCGAUGCUUCUGGCUAUGCAACUGUCCGCUUUGAUUGUGUAGAAGCUGCUCAGUCUGCCAUAACACACUUGAAUGGCAGCAGACUUUUCCACAAAAGCAAGAGACUUCACGUUUCUUCAUUUCUCAUGGUCGAACAAUAUGGAUUCCCCGAGCGUGCUUAUAAUAAACUCAAUCUUUCAAUUACCUCUGAUGUAUCCAAACAAUAUAUCACCGACACACUUUCCCCCUUUGGAAAUGUUACCAGUGUUUGCAUAAAGAGGUUACUACCAAAAGAUGCACUCUUUGCAGCUGUCACCUUUGAGGAUUCCAAAGCUGCUGACAGAGCUGCCGCUGCACUUCAGCCGCCUUCUCUUCCCUUGCUUUAUAUUGGCAGAAUUCAUGAAGAGACCUCUACUUUUAGACCUCUUGGUGAGAUCGACGCCAAAAUGGUCGUCAGCAAACAUCUUCAUCUUAACCUCUUUCAAGCUCAGGAAGAAGAUGAACAACAAAACACAGAAACCUCACAGGCACAGGCGCAGGCAGAGUUCUUUCAUAUGCUUCCAGUCCCAUUGGAAUCUACUGGUGGAGCUUUCUCGGCGAACACCCCUCUACCUCUCCCAAUUUACUCUCCUCCUGUGAUGUACCCGUUCCCUGGUCCUGGUUUUGGACAACAAGCGCUCUACCCAGAAGCUCUUCCUACUCCAUAUACGCUCCAACAGCCCGAAUUUGGGCAGCAUCAGCAACUUUUUCCUAGUAUGUGGCCGUAUUAGGCCACCCAUGGGGCUGCGAUGUCAUAAUGGGUUUCCAGAUGCACAGGGAAAGCCUCCACCCUAUUGUUGACCAUUUAUGGGCCAGCGUCAGUGAGGAUGAUCAUGCUGCUAGGAAGGCAAAAUUUGUGGAGGCCCUUGGUGUUUGAGGAAAGCUUGACAAUCUAACCCCAGCUGGGCUUUGCAAUUAAACAUUAGAACUUGCUCUGUAAUUACUAAUUUGCUUUAACAAAAAAACUUUGCCUAAUUUAUGUUUGUGAUGUAUGAAUUUCAAUUUGAACGUGUCAAAGUAACAACUACAUGUAUGUCUGUAUCCUUUUUAUUUUAUACUGUCACUAUGUUAUUUGGAACCUAA